AGACGAAGUUGGGCGCUGACCGUCGCUAUUGUUUGCAGUCGCACGCGGCUGACGCGGAUCCUUCUUCGGCUUGCGCCUCCAUUUUUCUCGUCGUUUCCCCGAUCAACGUGGUUCCUGCGUCGUGCUAGAACAACAGCGAGCUCCUCGCAAUGUCGACGGUGGCGAGUCCCUUAGCCGUCGGUGGCAUCCGACAGUCCGGGGCGCCGGUGCGAACGCAAAAUGUUAUGGCUGCGUGCGCUAUCGCUAAUAUAGUCAAGAGCUCGUUGGGUCCAGUUGGCUUGGAUAAGAUGAUGGUCGACGAUAUUGGUGAUGUCACUAUUACCAAUGAUGGUGCGACCAUCCUGCGCUUGUUGGAAGUCGAGCACCCGGCUGCACGAGUUUUAGUCGAAUUGGCCCAGUUACAGGACAUGGAAGUUGGAGACGGCACUACUUCAGUGGUCAUAGUGGCGGCGGAGCUUUUGAAAAAUGCGGAUGAGCUUGUGAAACAGAAGAUACAUCCAACUUCGGUCAUUAGCGGUUACAGACUCGCUUGCAAAGAAGCCUGCAAGUAUAUUCAGGAACAUCUUACUGUCAGUGUGGACGAACUUGGGAGGGAUUGCUUAGUAAACGUUGCAAAGACGUCUAUGUCGAGCAAAAUUAUUGGAGCUGAUGCCAAUUUCUUUGGCAACAUGGUGGUUGACGCUGCUAACGCGAUAAAAGUUGGCGACGGCAAGGGAGGAUUUUUGUAUCCCAUUAAGGCAGUGAAUGUCUUGAAGGCACACGGGAAGAGUGUCCGGGAAUCGGUUUUGGUUCAGGGAUAUGCUCUAAACUGCACCGUCGCUUCUCAAGCGAUGCCGAAGAGAAUAGCAAACGCAAAGAUCGCGUGUCUAGACUUCUCGUUGCAGAAGGCAAAAAUGAAGUUGGGUGUCGAGGUGCUUAUCACAGAUCCCGAGAAACUCGAGGCUGUUCGUCAACGCGAGGCGGACAUCACCAAGGAACGCAUACAGAAGAUUCUUGCCGCCGGGACCAAUGUCGUUCUUUUGUCCGGUGGCAUUGACGAUUUAUGCCUAAAGUAUUUCGUGGAAACUAAGACCAUGGCGGUGCGCAGAUGCAAGAAGGCCGAUUUGAAGAGAAUCGCCAAGGCGACGGGCGCACAUUUUCUAACGUCGCUGACCAACAUGGAGGGAGAGGAGAGCUUCGACGCCAGUUUCUUGGGGGAGGCGGCCGAAGUGGUACAGGACAUGAUUUGCGACGACGAGCUUAUCUUGAUUAAAGGACCCAAGGCACGUACAGCGAGUUCUAUCAUUUUACGUGGACCAAACGAUUAUUACUGCGACGAGAUGGAACGUUCCAUUCAUGAUGCGUUGUGCGUCGUCAAGAGGGUCCUGGAAAGUAAGAGCGUCGUCGCGGGAGGAGGCUGCGUGGAAGCUGCGCUCUCAAUAUAUCUAGAAAACUUCGCGACAUCAUUGAGCUCCCGAGAACAACUGGCCAUCGCGGAAUUCGCUCGAUCUCUAUUAAUUAUACCAAAAACGUUAGCCGUAAACGCUGCACAAGACGCAACUGACCUCGUCGCUAAGCUCCGAGCCUAUCAUAAUUCCAGUAUAACAAAACCAGACCUCGUCGAUUUGAAAUGGGUGGGUCUCGAUUUACUCGUGGGAAAUAUAAGAGAUAACAAGAAAGCGGGUGUGUUAGAGCCAGCCAUUUCAAAAAUUAAAUCUUUGAAAUUUGCUACUGAAGCGGCUAUAACCAUUCUUCGAAUCGAUGAUAUGAUUAAACUAGAUCCCGAGCGUUCGAAAUCUAAAUCUUAUCAAGACGCCAUGGACGCUGGAGAGUUGGAAGAUUAAUAUCGAAAUGCAUUUACGUGUUAUGUUGGAUACAAUGCGUUUAUACGAGAAAAAUGUAAAAGAUUUGUAAAUUUUACUGCGCAUACAAGUAUUACGCGAUAAUAAAGAUUUAAUUACAACUUGCCGCUCGUAUAUUGCAUGCAUACAAGUUUAAAUCCGUGUGCACAUGAAAUGCUGCAAAAAUUUAGAUCUCUUUUAUAUGUUAACCUUAUUUGAUUGCAUUAAUACAAUAGAAUACAUGUAAUGUUCGUAUUGAAAAAAUGUAGGAUAUAUUUAAUUUUCUGUUUAUUACUAAAAACUAGGAUGUCCUUAAACUUACAUUCUUUGAUUUAUAUGAAUAAAUUUGUUCAUGUUUAAUUGUAAGAGAAAAUUUUGUAGUUAAUUGUCAUGAUAUUUACAGUAUGUCGAAAAUGUAUUUCGUACUGUCUAUACUAAUCAUAUCAAUCUUAUCCAAAUGUCUAUGUAAUUAUUUAACAAUGAAUGACUUAAAUAAUAUGACUUAAAUCAUACGUAUUAUGCACGCCUAUUAUCAAUUUUAUUUCAGAUAAAAAUAUGUUUAACAUACAAAUCCCACAUGAAGUGAAAAAGCACGAAUAUUUUGUAGACUGUAGCAUAUUACAAAUAAUAAGUUCAGAUGAUAUUUUCCUAGCAUCACACAUAUAAAAGAAAAAUGCUGACAAAAAAACAUUUCUACUAACUUAAUAAAUUAUUUAAUAUAUACUUAUAACAGUUCAUUAAUGGAAAAUAAUGGAGAAUAACAGUUUUAAGUAUUAUAUGAUAUGUAUGUUCGAUAAAUUUAAUAUCGUUUAUAAACGGUUUUACGUAUAAACGAUAUUUAUUUGCUCA